AUGACUCGUCUUUUGUCGCUGUACCUGAUUGCAUUGUUGCUCGGCCCUCUGCUGGCAGCGGAUAUCACUUCGACAGAUGCGACCGCUGACCUCAGCCUCACCAUGACGACGACAUCGAGGACUUCCCUUACCACCCUCAGAACCUGUGGCGAGAACGAAGAGUACAGAUCGUGCGGCCCGCUGUGCAGACCGACGUGCAGCGACGUCAGGAAACGGCGACAUAGGUUCUGUUCGUUGCGUUGUUUUUCCGGCUGCUUUUGCAAAGACGGCUACGUGUUAAAAGGCGGCCUGCAGAAAGACUGCGUCAAGAAAGAGACCUGCUGA